CCUCCUGGACUCUCUCAAGCCAGUACCGUCGAGUCUAACCAUUUUGCUGGAGCUCUUUGUUUCUUGCUUUGACCAGCAGCAAGACCCACCUUGCAUACUAUGAGUAGAGCACCCACCCAACUUUGCAAGCACUGUUUUAUCCAUCCAACAUCCAACCAACAGACAGGUUUGAGCCUAGCUACUAUCAAAUCUAGGAGUAGCUAGUAAAUUUGCUGCUGGUACCGGCCCAGUACUGGCUAGGUGGAGGCAUUAUUGGUUUGUAGGUUGACAGCUAGGUUGACCAAGUGUUGACCGUCUAAAGGAACAGUUACAUUCUUUCAUUCAAACAACAUUUCUCCAGCACCAUAAUUCAGUGCACAACAGCCUUCGCUUUCGUCGGUCCGCUUCGGGUCAUCAGCGAAGUAGGGAUAAACAAAGGGUAGGCUCUAAAAACCCACAAACCACAUUCGCACAUUCUUCCAUAAUUUCUUUUUUCUAAAACAACUGAACAGCAGAAAAAGAAGAACCUGCAAAACCAUUCAUUCGCACCUUGCACCAUCUGCUCCCACAAAGAUCAACUUGUCAAUUCCUAAACGACCCACGAUCAUCAAAGCUUCCCCAUUGCAAGCUCCAAGCAAGCACAGACACAAUGGCAUCACACAACUCCACCAACAUGUUUCCUUCUUCCACCGCUGCCCGCAUGCAGGAGGAGAUCAAGCGCCUUCAGCAGUUGCAGCGCCUCCGAGCUGCCACUGCUGCAUGCAGCUUCCCCAAUCCAUCAGGAGGGGCAACCAGCCUCCUCACUUCAUCCAGCACCAACAACGGUAUUGGCAACAAUGGCAUGUCCAAUGAACUGUCAAGUCUUUCUUCCAUGAGUAACAAUGGCAUGGUCUCGAUGAACAACAUGAACUCCAAUGUUGCAUCAGCCAACGCCUCCGGUGCCUGCUUUGUCACUAACCCAGCACUGGCAUCGUUCUUGGCAGCCCAGCAACAACAGCAGAAAGAACAGGAUGAAACUCGUCUGAUGCUCCUCCAACGUCAGAUCCGUCUCAACACAUCCAAUGGCAACGCUAUCACAAACUCCCCCGUGUCAACCGGGCCCACCAUGACGACCCCCAUGAGCUCCAUGGCCAAUCCCUUGCCGCCCUUUGCCAGCAGCCGUGCCAUGGCUGCCAACAUGCUAUCGGAGAACAAUGCCAAUAACUCCCUGGCAUCCACCAUGACCCUAAGCCAACAGCAGCUGCUUCAGCAACAGCAACUGUCACAUCAGGCCACUACUAUCUCAAGCCACAUCAUGGCCAAUCGCGGCCCCUUGAUGCGGGUCGGGGCUAUUGAACCAUUUCCAGAAAAAUUGCACCGAAUGUUGAUGGAAGUGGAACAGUGCGGAAGAGUUGAUGUCAUCUCUUUCAUCAACAAUGGAAGAGGCUUUGCCAUUCACAAGCCAGAUACUUUCUUCAAAGAGAUUGUACCCUUGUACUUUCGUCACUCGCGUUUGUCAUCUUUCAAGCGUCAACUGAAUCUCUAUGGAUUUGAACAAAUCAACAUCGGCCCCUUCCGUGGCGGCUACUACCACGAAAUGUUUCAUCGUGAUCGCCCUGAAGUCUGCCGCCGGAUGCGUCGUGUGGCCGUCAAGGUCAGCGGUGCCACUGCACAAAAGAAAAAAGAACAAGAGGCAGCCAAGGCCAAGGCUGAAAAGGAAGCCAACCAAAACACCACACAGAAUGCUGACGCAAACUAAGAAGACCAAAGCCAAGCAGCAUGCCCGGGUAGGCAGGCACCACGCAGAAAGCACGUUGGCUGGACUUCUUGAAUCAGCCAACGGAGGGUGCCCAAAGCACCCGAGAAAGUACCAAUCAAUGUCAGGACAGCACUGUUGUUGUAACUACCGCAAGACAUCAAAGAAAGGCGCGCACAUCCAAUUGGGGACCGGAGGCCAAGCUUCUUAUUGUACCGUAUAUUUAUUAAUAAUAGAUAAUGCAUUAUUUCCCAGUGU